UGGCAUUGUUUGACAGUAAACGCCUUGCUGUCAAAUUGAGGGCUUGUGUUUGUAUACUUGUGUCGAGGCAACUUUAUUUUUAUUGUGGUUGGAAGGAAGUUAAUAUAUUCCACUAGUUUUAAUUAAUAUAAUGUAAACAGUUAAGUGGCAUUGUGAUAUAUAUUGUACUCUAAAUAUGGAGACCACGCCGUUACUGACGAGACCUAAAAAGAAAUCCUUAUGGUCAAGGCUGCAGUUUUGGAGGUUUCGGAGGAAGAAAUUGAGUUCAAGAGCUAUUUAUUUGGGUCAGCUACCAGAUGAAGAAUUUCCGCCUAACUACGUGUGUAAUCAGAAAUACAACAUCAUUACAUUCCUGCCGAUAGUACUGUACGAGCAGUUCCGUUUCUUCUUGAACAUGUACUUCUUGGUGAUGGCUGUCAGUCAGUUCAUCCCCAGCAUUCGCAUCGGCUAUCUCUACACGUAUUGGGGACCUUUGUGCUUCGUGUUGGCUGUUACACUGUUCAGGGAAGCUGUUGAUGACUUUAGAAGAUAUAGACGUGACAGAGAAGUGAAUAGACAACGCUACGAGCGCGUAGUCCUCGACUGCCCGUCAUCAGACUACCGUCCAUUCAUCAUAGAACAAGUGGCCUCCUCAGAACUGCGAGUGGGGGACAUCGUGAUGCUGCACAAAGGACAGAGGGUGCCGGCUGAUAUGAUACUACUGAGGACCAACGAGACCAUGGGCACUGUGUUCAUAAGGACAGACCAGCUGGAUGGAGAGAUUGAUUGGAAGUUGAGAAUCCCGCUGCCAUCGACACAGAAGCUGCAGACUGAUGCCCAUCUCCUGGACAUCAACGCUCAGAUCUUCGCGGAGAAGCCAGAGAAGGACAUCCACGAGUUCAUCGGGACCUGCACCCGGUUAGACGAAGGCGAGACCGACUCGCUGCAUAUAGAGAAUACUCUGUGGAGCGGCUGCGUCGUCGCGUCAGGACAGGCCACCGGACUAAUUAUAUACACUGGUAGUGAAACCCGCAGUGUGAUGAACAACGCCGUUCCCCGCUCGAAGGUGGGUCGUCUCGACCUGCAGGUCAACAAUCUCACGAAGCUGCUGUUCGUGGCCACGCUCACCAUCUCUAUGCUGCUCAUCAUCCUCAAGGGCUUCGCUGGGCCCUGGUACGGGUUCCUCUUCAGAUUCGUGCUGCUGUUCUCUUAUAUUAUUCCGAUUAGUUUAAGAGUAAACUUGGACAUGGGCAAAGCCUUCUACUCGUGGACGAUCCAACGUGACAAGAAGAUCGAAGGCACAGUGAUGCGCUCCACGACCAUCCCUGAGGAGCUCGGCAGGAUACAGUACCUGCUGGCGGACAAGACAGGCACGCUCACCAAGAACGAAAUGGUCUUCCAGAAACUGCAUCUAGGGAAUGCGCUGUUCGAUAAUAAUAAUUUUUAUGAGGUAGAAGGUCUCCUAACCCAAUACGUGACGAACGACGCCCCCUCCCUGCCGAGCUCGCCCCCCUCCCGCGGCCAGCCGCUGGCCCCCACGCCGCGCCAGGUGUGGGAGGCCGUACUGGCGCUAGCACUCUGCCAUAACGUCACGCCGGUGUACGACGUGGACAACAACGAUCAGAACGCCUAUGAAGCACAGUCAGACAUGGGCAGUUCGGUAAUAUCGGAGAGUUGUGGCGGCGCGGUCCCGCAGCAGCAGCUGUGCGACUACCAGGCUUCCAGCCCCGACGAGGUCGCCUUAGUCAAGUGGACGGAUAUGAUGGGUGUAUCGCUAUACAGACGUGACUUACACAACAUAUCUUUAAAACUUCGCGCAGCUAACGAGAUAAUGCAGUACUCCAUUUUACAAAUAUUUCCUUUCACCAGUGAGAGCAAAAUGAUGGGCAUUAUUGUUAAGGAAGAGAUAUCAGAUGAAAUAACAUACUACGUGAAGGGCGCUGACGUUGCUCUAUCAGAACUGUUGGACACGCAGUGGCUCGACCCCGAGUGCAAGAAGCUGGCGGCUGAGGGGCUCAGGACGCUGGUCAUCGCGAAGAAGACGCUCACCAACGACGAGUAUCUGAAGUUUGAGAGUGAAUACAAAGAAGCCCGCUUGACCGCUAACCGCAGCGAGCGCGCCGUGCUCGCGAAGCUGCAGCGAGGCCUCACGCUGCUGGCCCUCACCGGGGUCGAGGACAGGCUGGCAGACAACGUGCCACGGACGCUGUCCAUGCUCAGGACCGCUGGUAUUAAGAUCUGGAUGUUGACGGGCGACAAGCUGGAGACGGCGCAGUGUAUCGCGCGCUCGCUGCAGCUGGGCGGCGGCGCGGGCUGGCGCGUGGCCGGCGACUGCCGCUCUCGCCAGGACGCGCAUCGGCUGCUGCGGGACCUGGCGCGACAGGAACAGGACAUGGACCUCAUCAUAGAGGGGGAGACCCUAGAGGUAUGCCUCCACUCUUACGAGGAGGAGUUCGUGGAGGUGUUGUGUCGCUGUUCGGGCGUGGUGGUGGCGCGGUGUUCCCCCACGCAGAAGGCGCGCGUGGCCGGCCUGCUGCGCGCCAGGGGACACGUCGUGGCUGCUGUGGGGGACGGCGGGAACGACGUGGCCAUGAUACAGGAGGCCGAUAUAGGCGUGGGCAUCGAGGGCGCGGAGGGGCGCGCGGCGUCGCUGGCGGGCGACGUGAGCGUGCGCUCGUUCUGCAGCCUGGCGCGCCUGCUGCUGGUGCACGGCCGCCGCGCCGCCAUGCGCUCCGCCGCGCUCAGCCUCUUCAUCGUGCACCGCGGCCUCAUCGUGUCCACCAUGCAGGCUGUGUUCUCGGUGGUAUUCUACUUCUCGUCUGUGUCUCUGUACCCUGGGUUCCUGAUGGUCGGCUACGGGACUGUGUUCACUAUGCUCCCGGUGUUCUCCCUGGUGCUCGACAAAGACAUACCGGGCUCAACUGCACUCCAACAUCCGCAACUCUACAAGCAACUGACUAAAGGCCGGCAGCUCUCCUACAAAACCUUCUAUAUAUGGACUGAUAUAUCUAUUUAUCAAGGUGCGGUAAUAAUGUACGGGGCGCUAGUCUUAUUUGAGGACCAGUUGAUCCACAUCGUGGAGAUCAGCUACACGGCCCUGAUCCUGACGGAGCUCAUCAUGGUGGCGCUGACGGUGGUCACGUGGCACUGGCUCAUGGUGGGCGCCGAGCUCGUCAGCCUGCUCAUGUACAUCGCCACGCUAUUCAUAUUCACCACGUAUUUCGACGCCGACUUCAUCCAGCACUGGGAUUUCUGGUGGAAGGUAAUAGUCAUCACAUUAGUAUCGUGCCUACCUCUAUACAUCGUCAAACACAUGCACAGAAAGUGGAGCGAUCGCCAGUACAAAAACAUACGAAAAUGAUCUUUAUUCGUAAGUAGUUUAGACCCAUAUUUAAAUGUGAUUCACUCUUACUUUAAGGUCCUGUUGCACAUUGUAUAAAAUGUGAGUGUUCUUUUGUUUUGAUUCGAACGCGUCUGUCAAAAACACUUUUAUUUAUAUUUUGAAUACUAAUUCACAGCCAGUAAUAAUACUCAUUACUAUAAUUCUAUCUUCUUUUUUAUUCUUAAUAUAUUGUAUCCAAAUCAGAAUUGGUAUUGUAUAUCAAAGUUUUAUCACCUUCUUUUAUUUCAUAAAUUAUUAUUCAAUAUAGACGAACGGCAAAACAAUUGCGAUCGAAUCAAAACUUAAAGCAUCGUUAUAAUUUUCUGUUAUGUUAAAGAAAUUUAAUUUUUCUCUAACAGUAUAGAGAUUAUUCACUCUUGUUACAGUGAUAACACAAGACUCUCAGUAGGAAUAAUAUAUUAAUAAUACCACUGAUUAAUUAUUAUUUAUAAUAUAGGAGAAUGACUUCAUCACUAAAUUACAAUGUAUAAGACCAACUGCAAUUCUAAUUUUAAUGAAAUCAAUUAUUUUUGUGUCACCACGAUUAAAUGUCACCCGAUCCCGUUAUUUAGGGGUGUUCACUUAUGCGUGGUCGCAAUUUUUUGCAUGUUAUAGCCCUUACAGAGCAAUCACAUGCAAGUCCCGAUACAUUGCCGACAAUGAUCAGUCCGCCAUGAUUUAAAAGACGUUUCUGCGCAAUUUAAGGUAUUUAUCGCACUAAAUUAUGUUUAACACACACAGCUUUUCAAUCGAUUCUACUCAGUAAAAGCUAAACUAUACAAAGCAUACAAGGACUCGCAUCUUUACGUCGUUUAAUUGACGAGCAUUUCCCAUGUACCAUAUGUAACCAAACAACAGGUUAUAAUUAUAAUUAUGAUUCCAUCAUCAGACAUCAGAUUCUUAAUUAAAAAUUAAGUGCAAGUGCCUUAAUAUUGAUCGAUGUGUAUGAGAGUCCUUUAUAUUAUUGAAAUAUUACUGUUUAAAGCGCUGUGUAGAUAUCCACCGAUACGAUAGAUAGAUAGCAUUGAAUUUUGUGUGUUUAAGUAGUAUAUUAAUAAGACUCUUGUAAUUGUGGAAGAGAGACGCCGAAUUACAGCGUGUAGUGCACUACAUCGCUUCCGCACUAAAAGCAUUCUUACUUUGGUAGGUGAUGAUCAAUCUUAGCGUAUCUGUGUAUGAAUAACGUCUAAGGAAUGAUAAAUUAAAUAUUGCAGUUUUUAGUGUGUGUCUUUUGGCAACACUUUUUGUUAUAACAUGGUAACACUGUAUGUUUUACUACAGUAAUAUGAUUAAAUAUCAACAGACUAUCCGCCAUCGAAAUAUUGAGACUCUAUGUUAUUGAGAAUUUUAUGAUUUAACUGCAAUUAAUUUCUAACCGUACUAUACUAAAAAAAUGACUUGACAAAUCUGCAAAAUUCAAUCUUAAUAUUUUAUACGUUAACGAUAUAUUCAAUUUAGUCCAGGGCUGUGUAAUCUAUUAUCCUAAUAUACACAUAUACAAUAGCUAAAUUAAUUCUAGGUGAGGUAUUUCUCUCGAGCAAACAUUUUAAAAUAAGGUAUUAUUAUUUUUUUUAAUCAAAAACCUACUCAAAUUCUAUGAAUUUUUCUGGUAAUUCAUACCAUCUUGCAGCUAAGACUAUUGCUUCUAGUGACAGAUUAACGGAACGAGACGUUUUAAGAAAUGCCAAAUGUGCUUAAUGAAUUCUUAAAGAUUAAUAAAGAUUCGAAAGAUUUCAUACAUGUUUUGUUAGGACUAACUUCAGAUAUAGCCUUUUUUUCGUUCGUGUAUGAUUUUAUACAGCGUUUUUUCAUCAAACCCUGGUCAUAUUUUGAGUCAAAAUACAAUCUGUAAUAAAAAGAUUGAGGCAAGACCUUUUGUACGGUCGCGCCCUCAUCCCUAUUCUGCAUCUAUUUUUAAACCCGUUGUUUUUCUUCUUCUAUAAUGUUUUAAGGUAAGCAUCACAUACAAGGGUACUUUUACAAAUAAUUCAAGUAUCAAGUGUCCAAAAGUAUUAAUCAUAUGUUAAGAUUACAAAUGUUUAAAGUAAACUAUUAUAUUAGGUUUUUCGGAACCGAUCAGAGUCUUCAUUCUGAUAUAAAUAGUGCUGAUAUAAAUAAACAAUUUCAAAUUCUGUUAUUGUAUGUACAUAAAUAUAUUUGACAGGUUUAAACAAUCAAGUUUUAGACUGAAUCCUGCGUCUUUUCGUUUGUUAUAUUGUUUUUUGUAUCAACAUUUUAUUGUGUUAUACAACAUUUUAUUAUUUUUUUGUUGAUAUUUAUUCUGGAUGUCGUUCAGUAAUGUUGCUGUGAUUCAUUUGUUUAUAUUUAGUUAUGUAAGCGCAAUUAUUCCAUAGAUGAGUGGUGUGGGUUGUAAACUUUUGGGCCAUUUGAUACAAUCUAUCCUUUUUAUUUCACUUUACCUUAAUUCUUCGGGUUAAUUGAGGACCAAGUUGUUAUACAAACAUUAAAUUCCCAAAUAAACCUCGUUAUAACUUACUGAUUGCUCAUUCUGCGUCAAAAUUGGCCCAAACUACGAUGAUGAUAAAACGGUUUUCUUCGUAUACUUUUAUCAAGGUACAAAUUGCGUUAUUUGGUAAUAAAGUGAUAUAUCUAUAGUAUUUAUUAGUUAAAGAAUUCGUAUUUAAUAUUUUAAGUAUUGUUAUUGGUGCGUUAUGGUAUAUUAAGUGUAACAUUUUAGGUGAUCAGUAUUAAGCGGAUAGACAAACGAUUUAAAGUUACUUUUUGCCUAAUACUGGUCGCUUGAAAUUUUUGUGUGUAGCAACACAGUCCGAGAGAUGUGUCGUUGGCAACUACGGGUGCUACGCUCUUUGUAUUUUAUGUCCUUUUUUACGAAGUUCGCUCAAUGGAAUGGUUAUACGAUUAUGAUAUCAAUUUAUACUAUGUUCAUAUAGUACAUAUUGUAGAACGUCAAUACAUUAGAGAUUCGAACUACAAUAGCUAUUCCAAUUUCAUUAUUCAGGCUGUAUUAUAUUUCACUCAUUGAGUAUAAAACCCAUUUAUUAUGUUAUUAGUAACCUGUCUCAUCUAGUGUCGCUACACAAACUUAGAUGUAAGUAAACAAUGUUCUGUAAAAUAAAAUAUUUUAUAUUA